GACCUGCCAGAUGCCAUCCUCCAAAGUAUAAUGCGUUUCGUCUGUCCGCACGCUCAAGAUGACACAUACGAGACGUGCGAGACUAGCGCUGCUUUAGGCGCUUGCGCGUUAUGCGAUCUGAGGGAUCUGGCCCACUGCGCCCGUGUCUGCAAGAGAUGGCAUAAUCUGGCAACGGGCAUACUCUACCAGAGCAUUCGCAUCGAUGCCGUUCAUUAUUGUCCGCUUGAGGCUCAUCUUUCGGGGCAGCGCAAGCACAGGGGCUUCUUGAGAAGCAACGCCGACCCGGAUGAUGGCCUCACGGCUCGCCUCGGACUACUUCGCCGAACGCUGUGCAACAACGGCCCGCGCCUAAGCACAUUAGUCAAAUAUCUCAAGCUGCCUCAUAUGCUCCGAGAAGCGGCCGGGCCAGACCUCUUUCGCAUCGUCCACAUGCUCCCAAAUAUUCGCUAUGUAGACCUCCCGUCGGGGUUAUUCGCCGAUCAGUCUCGCUAUAGCACCCUUCGACUGGCCGUUGAAGCCAGGUGUCGAGACCUCCGAAAGAUGACAUACCGUGGAGGCGCAGAAAGGGCCUUGACGGGAACGGCCAAUGCCAACACGUGGCAAAACUUGGAGGUACUGGAGUUGAUCAAGAUAGAGAUGGCCACCUGCGUUCUGCGACAUGCACUAGGGAUGUUGGGGAACCUUCGCGCGCUGAAGAUUGAAGGAGUGAGGUCUUUCUCAGAUGACUGUCUCGGCCAUAUCGACGGGUCACCUCCGUUCCCGUGCUUAGAAGAGUUGGUUCUGCGGAGCACCCCGGCCGUCACCGGACGCGGCCUGCUUGAGUACCUGUGCCGAUCCGACACCCGAAACACGAUUACCGUUUUGGCUCUGCUUGGCACGGGCGUGACCACUGACUCUCUGGCGGAUGCACUCUCGGCAGCUUCAAACCUACGGACACUCGCCGUCAAAGCUACAGUCUCCAGGCCAUUGAAUGACGGAGCGAUCGCCCAACGACUCGCGUCAACCUCUUUGCGAAAGCUCCGUUUCGAGCUCACCAUCGCCGACUCGAGAGGGUUCGGGUCUUGGACAAUAGCCAGUCACUACAGAUAUCUAGCAGAGUCUCUCAUGGCUAACGACUUGCCUCAUCUGACGUCAGUCUAUGUCCUCGGCGAGCACUUACUCCAUCAACUAGGCUUGCCGUAUCCA